AUGAAAGAGAUCCUGUGCCCGUCUCCGUUCCAGUCUCCGGACAUUACUUCACAAGACGGUGCGGGCGCAGAGACCAAGAAGAUCUUGGACAGUCAGGCGUGGUGCCAUUGCCAAAUGGCCUACGAAAGCGAAACCAGCUUUCUUGACCAAAUGCGUGUCCGCCAUCUCCUGGCUCGAUUGCAGGGACAGUGCCACGACAAUGCUCAGGUAUGCGAAGCUGCGUACCAGGCUGUUUGGUUGUGCUUCCGCUGCUCCUCGCGCAGUGUGAAACGAAUGCUCAUUGCCGGGGUGGUUGCUGACAUUAGGGAGCGUCGAAAGGGCGGGCUCAGACGGAUCCGCUACAUGGUCUCCAUGUUGGAGACCGAACAGCUGGUGGAAGUCUACGUGCUGAUGAAAUACUGGCUGCAUGAUGAGAUGCUGCCGGAUCUCUUGCUAGCGUUGCAGGCUCUCCUUGCGACCCCCAAGGCAUCUAGCCUCUUGCUGUCCGCUGUUGCAGACGUGGCAAGACUGCAGGGCCACAGUAUCAGUCGGCUGGCUGUGAACUUUUGCAUGACUUGUGGCUGCACGUGUGCGGCCUUUGCUUUGCCUCGCAAUGUGAUUCGCAAACAUGAUGCAAAACCUGUGCUGUAUCUGCCCGGGGAGUUGUGA